AUGAAGAGUUCCGGCGUUUCAAACUUUGCGGAGGGAGUCGCUGUCAAGCAGUUCAUCGCCAUUGUAAACGACGGGGAGAACAUAGUAACCUUUUCAAAGACAGCUGAAAUGUCAGAAAAAAACCGGGCUGAAAUGUCAGAAAAAAAAAUCUGAACAUUAUCAUGAACGAUCACAAAUUAUGACGUAUCAGCCCGACGGGUGCUACUGGCCAGCAUUAGAUUGGCUUGAGAUUACUGAUAACCGCCGUGUAUACGAGAAAAAUUUGCUUUGUCUUGUAAACUACACGCAUUUUCAAGGCGGCCGGUCGUGUUACGGUAAUCUAGCUAGGUAUUUGGUUAAUAAAAUAAAAACUUGUGUAUUUUUUGUCGUGUAACUUAUCUUGUAACCUCGAAAAUAGGUCCUUAGCAAAUUGCAAAUUUAAAAAAAUUUCCUGACUCCGAAACUGACGGCGCAAUAUUGACCGGCCACCGGCCUUCGUAGCUUUACCUCAAACACACUAACUAGAGUUCAAAAAAAAAAAUGUGUCAAUGAGAACUACAGAUAUGAACGUGGAAGAAGUCUUUGAAGAUUUGAUGGUCUAGGAGUUAUUUUUUGAUAUCCACAUGAAAAAAAAUUCGGAGAAAAAACGGCCUCGUAAUGUCUUGAUGCGACCCGUUUUUUUCUAUCGUACUGAAUAAAUACCGAAAUUCAAAUUAGCGCCAAGAAAAGUUCGAUGUCAGAAAAAAGGUACUACGCGAGGUCCCUCGUUGUGCCAGCUCACCCAAACUAGAAACUUGUCAUAAGUGACUGUUUCUUAUGUUGUUGAGAUGAGCGCCAUUCCUGUUCCGGAGCAUUAUUGUAGCAAAUUAACUUAUUUUUUAUAGGUGAAGACAGGUUUAUUCGGCAUCAUAAAUCACGAUUUGGCCAUGAGAACGCUUCUCAUUGAGAACGAGUGAGUUCACGUUUUCUGGUUAAUCAAUCAAAACUUUAUAAUUAGUAGAUAGCUUUGAAAAAAAAACUUGAACGCAGAAAUGAUUUCCCGGCUUCAUUCUAUCCAUUUAUUCCUUUUUUUUUAGUUAUUAUAAAGCAGAUGUCGGUGUGCAAUCAUUCAAGCUUGUCAGAAAUGUUGCCGAAGCUUGUGCUCACGAUAAACUCAUUCCAGCGCUGAUUGUUCGGUUUCGCUCUUUUUUGAAUAACAUCUAUCAAAUUUUUGUAGAUACGAGAGUUUGGAUCAACUUAAAGAAGCAGAAAAAGAGCUGAGUAAAAUCGAUGCUGAUGCACAGGUCUAGAAAAUGCAGUUUUUCAACGUUCAACUGGAAAAUUCUAUAGGUUAUUGUGUGUCCACAAAAUAUUGAAGGAGAUGCAGAAGUUGUCGAGAAGUGGGCUAGGGAAAAUAAGUUCGAAGUCGUUUAUUUGUCUCCUACAAAAGUAUGUCACGAACUUAAAUUUCGCAUAGGAAGUCAGAGUUAUUUUCAGGAGCAACUAGAGGAAUACAAGGAACACAAUGAAACUUACGGUUUUCAAAGGCUUCUUGACGUUCUUAACAGCUGUAUGUGGCCUGUGAGAAAGGAUAAAAUUAAAAAGGUUAGUUUUUUUUUUUGAAAGUUGCUUUUAUUUCUAGCGGUUAAGGUGAGCAGCAACAUUCAGCUUGACAGGAUCCUCAAGCUUAUUAAUAACAUGGAGGACGAAGACGAUAGCGACGGAAUUCCUGACGAAGAAGCACAAGGUAAACAUUUAUUGUUAAUUAUUUAUUAAUUAUUCUUUAACGAAUUUUUUGAUAUUGAACUAGUGAAAAAGUUCAACUCAAUCAACGCCGAAAAAAAGCCACGAAACGUUCGGGUUGGGAAAAAUUUUUCUCAUUUCUCUGUAAAAAAAUGUAUGAAUAAUUCAAUACAGUGCUAGAGUUCCUCGUUCUCCACCCUGUCUGAGGACCUGCACGCUGGCAGGCCAAUUCAACAAAAAAAUAUGCUUUUUUUAAUUUCAAUUUUUUGAGAAUAAGAAAAAUUUAUGGUUGUAGUAUAUUUAAAAAAAAAAGAAGUUUAAAAAAAGACUCAGACAUUCAUGGCGCUUGUUUGUAUGUUUGGCACGCACAGAAUUUGGAAAUCCGCCUAAAGUAUUUUUUUCGCGAAUAGAAAAAAAUCUCUCUUCUUAUAUCCUUUUUUUCAGCGAACCGAAAUUAAUUUUAGGAAACAAUCCUCAUUUUUUACCAGUUAAAUUCUCAGAGUUUUUUUCAUCAUUUUUAAAAAUGUAUCGUUUAGAGUUCUCAAAAGUAAAUGUUUGAACGAACGUUCAACCAAACAUUUUCCGAACGUUUGAUGAAUUCGACCAAUUAGUUAAAUUUCACAUGAACUGUUUGUUAAAAACCUCAUUUUGGUUAAAUUUCAUAACUGAGCAUUUAAAAAAAUGAACAAUUACUUAUUUUUUUCGAAAAAAAUUUUUGUUCAAAAAAAUGAACAUUUAAAUUUCAUUUUGAAAAAUUUUUGGUCAAAAAAAUGAACAUUUAAAGUUCACUUUGAAAAAUUUUUGGUCAAAAAAAGUAAACAUUUAAAAUUCAUUUUUGAAAAAUUUUUGGUCAAAAAAAAGUAAACAUUUAAAAUUCAUUUUGAAAAUUUUUGGUCAAAAAAAUGAACAUUUAAAAAUUCACUUUUUGAAAAAUUUUGGUCAAAAAAAAGUAAACAUUUAAAAUUCAUUUUUAAAAAAAUUUUGGUCAAAAAUAGUGACCAUUCAAAUUUCACUUUGAAAAAUUUUUUAAAAAGGUAAACUUUUUUUUAUUCAUUACAAUUACGGCACUUGGCAGUAUCUGUGCCGGAGUCAAUUCUGUCUCAGUCUACUCCAAAUGAAAUCAUGAAUCGAUUACUUCGAAAUUCAAACUAAUUUCUGGUUAAAAUUAAUAAAUCUCUUGGAAAAACAGUGAUUUGGAUGGUCAAGGGCAAAGCUAAAAGCCGGUUAAGGACGGGAAAAAUUAUAUGGAACCGGCCAAAAAUGAGCAGACCGGAAGAAAGGUGCUAUCUGGAGAAUUAAUUGAAUGAGGAAAAAAAGGAAAAAGUAUUGAUUUGGAUUUUUGGUUCGGAAGAUCCCAGGUUCGGAAAAACUAUCGGCCAAAAAAAUGAACUUUUUAAUUUUUCACAGUUGAAAAAAAAUUUUUUUGUACGAAAAAAAGUAAACAUUUAAAAUUCUUGUUGAAAAUUUUUGGUCAAAAAAAUGAACAUUUAAAUUUCACUCUUGAAAAAUUUUUGGUCAAAAAAAGUAAACAUUCAAAAAUUCAUUUUUAAAAAUUUUUGGUCAAAAAAAUGAACAUUUAAAUUUCACUUCUGAAAAAUUUUUGGUCAAAAAGAGUAAACAUUUAAAAAUUCGUUUCGAAAAAUUUUUGGUCAAAAAAAUGAACAUUUAAAUUUCACUCUUGAAAAUUUUUGGUCAAAAGAGUAAACAUUUAAAAUUCGUUUCGAAAAAUUUUUGGUCAAAAAAAGUGACCAUUUACUUUUUCACUUUGAAAAAAAUUUGGUCAUUAAAACGAACAUUUAUUUACUAGUCAGAAUAUGAUUGUUUAGAAAAUGACCAUUUAUUUUUUUCAGUCAUUAUUUGAAAAAGUCACAAAAUGAAAAAGAAUGAAAGUGAUCAAUUUUUGGUUGAUCUUUCAAAAAAACGACAUUCGUUUGAAAUGUCAAAAAGAAAAUUUUUUUCGUUUUUUUGAAAAAAAUGUCAUUUUUUUCAAUUGGUCAUUUUGAGAACUCUAGUAUCGUUCGAUUAAACUGGAAACUAUGCUGAAUAAGAAUCCGCACAAAGAAAGAUCAUUGAUUAUAAUUUGUUAAGCGAUGAAAUGUUCAGAGGCUAUCUGGAACUCGGUGACGAUUCCCAGAUCAUGGACACCAACGCCAGAGCCGCAGCGCGCCGAGCGAGUCCAUCUAUCUUCUUCGCCCACCGAGGGCGAGCAGCCUGUAUCCACUGUUUCCGUCGACGUUUGCCUCGGCGCCAUUAGACAACCUGAGCAAAUCGAUGCGAAAAUUAACGAGAGUGUCAGUUGAUUUUCUUUUUUGUUUUUAUCUAAAGAUCUAUCUAGCUUCUCCGAUACUUUGAAUCAUCUUUUUUCUCGUUUAUAUCUACCUUCUUCGUCGUCGCUGAAUUCGAAUUACGAACAGAAUAAAAAGAAACGUUAAGUAAGACCGCGACUUCAAAUAUUAAGCUUUGAGCCACCGUAGAGACUAGAAUUUUUACAAAAACCUUUAUUGAACCUCUUUUUCGAAAAUGUCUUUUAAAAAACCCGAGGAUUUCCAAAAUUCCAUAUUUUCCAAAUUUUUUAAAGAUUUUCUCAAUUUUGGUUAUAUUCACAAGAUAAUCACGAUUUUUGAGAAGCAAAAAAAAGAAGUUAAACCUUGAAAAUAUAUGAUUUCUCUAAAAACUUUGCGCUGUGAUUUCACGUUCUUUCAAAAUAUUUGGCUUUGCUAAACUGGUUGAAUCAUUAUUAUCGUGAAUUUUUUCAAAUAUCAAUUGGUUAGAACACACAUUGCUGCUCAUUAUUCAAAAGAAACACCGAGGACAACUUUUGCCCAUAUGCUCACAUAGUGUGAUCCUCGCCAGACGUUCAUGUUUUAGAGCACGGCAGAAAAAAUGAUACUGUAAACAGCUUUUUUUUUUGCGAUUUACUAGGAAACUACGCGAACUCUUAUUCGCGGAGAGAGUUCAAACUUUAGUGGUUUAUAGACCUCAGUCAGAAUACUUGAAAACAAGAGAGAACAUCUGCUAAACCCGAUGUAGAACUGAGAAAAAAUUCGUAAAAAUGUGCAGUUUAGGCCCGAAAACUUUCAGAAUACUUUUCACUUUAUUUUACAAUCGCCUUAAAUGAUCCGGCUAUGAUAAACACUAAAAACCUUUUUUUCCAACCAAAAGAAAGAAAAAAGCAGAAAUUUGAUAAUUUUCACGCCUAAACUGUUAUUUUUCAAAUAUCUUUUUUCUCGGUACCUUAUUUGGUUCAGAAUUGCCUGUUUUCAAGUACCCUUACAUGGAUCUUUUAAACCACCACAGUUUGAACUCAGUCCGCGAAUACGAGUUUGUGUAGUUCCCUAGUUAGUCUAAAAAAAUGCAAAAAAACAGUGAAAAAAAAUUUUUUUAAAAAAACGAAGCUAGUUUCGGGCAUGAUUGAUAUACAACUUUCAAAAAGUUUAAAAAGAUUUUUGGCAAAAAAACGCGGAGCAAGCCUUCGCGGAAUACUACAAAAAGUUAUGAAUUGAAAAAAAAUAUGUCUACUGAAAAAAAUUGGUAUAGAUUAGUUAAGUAAACAAAAAAAUAAAUCUGAAAAAGUGCGAAAGCCCAUUUUUACUAUGAAUCGAAUUUAUAUACUGAUUUCCGAUAGUUUCCAUUUUUUUGUUUUCUUUUUUUAUGAAUUAAAUUAUUUCGAAAUCCUUGUUGAUCUCCAAUUUUUUUCAGUGGCAAGAAACCUUUUAAUUUCAGGUGAACGCCUCCGUUAACAAAAAAAGAAGAAAAAAAGAAAAAAAGUCCAAAGGAACUGCGAAAUUGUCCCCAGAUGCCAGCAAAGAUGAAACAAAUUGA